CGGGUAACAACAACACACACAACCCCCCCCCACCCCAGCCGCGCAGGCGUAGUGGGGCCUCUCGGUGGCCGCGAGAAGAUGGCGGCGGAAGGCCCGGAGGCGCCUGGCAGCCCUAGUCGCGGCGGGGCCGAAGGCGGCGAGGGAGUCCCGGGGGCGGAGGAGGCCGCCAUCAGCCCUGACCGAGACGUGCUUCCCAAGCCAGCGAGCAACGGCACCCCGAAGCCGGAGGAGGAGGCGGCAACGACGACCACGCCAGUGCCUGGCGGGUGCAACGGGGUCGGGCUGGAAGCCAGCGGCAUGGCACUACGCCCCGAGCCGGCCAGGGAGGAAGCCCCUCAGCCCCCCGCCGCCGACGUGAUGAUGCACGUGGCCCUCAACCCUCCCAUGGAGGAGCUCUCCAUCCCAUACCCUCUGGAGUUUGAGCGCUACUGGAGGGCGGCGCAGGAGAACCCGCUCGACUUCACAGCAUGGACUGAUCUGCUGCAAUAUGUGGAGCAAGAGAAUCACAUCUAUGCUGCCCGGAAAGCCUUUGACACCUUCUUCAUGCGGUACCCUUACUGCUACGGCUACUGGAAGAAAUACGCAGACAUCGAACGGCGCUUUGAUUUCAUCAAGGAGACGGAGGAGGUUUUCCAGCGAGGCCUGCAGUCGAUCCCUCUCAGCAUGGACCUGUGGAUCCACUACAUUUCCUUCCUGCAGACCACCUUGGAUAUGAAUCUCCCCGAUUCAGCCCAGAAGAUCUGUGGCACGUUUGAGUCUGCCGUGGCGGCUGCCGGAGUGGAUUUCCGCUCGGACAAGCUCUGGGAGCUCUACGCCGAGUGGCAGCGGGAGCAGGGCGACCUGAGGGCCGUCACGGCCAUCUACGACCGCGUGCUCUCUACGCCUACCCAGCUCUACAGCCACCACUGGGAGAAGUUCAAGGAGCACGUAGCCAGCCACCCCCCCAGAGACAUCCUGUCCAUGGAGGAGCUGCUGUGGCUCCAGUCGAAGAUGGUUUCCGAGACGGUGGCCAAGACCACCGAGGCGGAGGCCGAGGAGGCCCCCCCCGGGGAGGACCUGCCGCUGAAGACAGAAGCCAAGCUGGAGGCAGGAGACACGAGCCACGUCUUGGGCCACCUGGAGCAAGACAAGAUCCAGGAGCUGGUGGUUUCCAUCCGCCAGCAGAUCUUCAGCCAGAACGAGGCAGAAGUCAGCAAGCGCUGGAAUUUCGAGGAAGGGAUCAAGCGGCCCUACUUCCACGUGAAGCCGCUGGAGCGGGCCCAGCUGCGGAACUGGCGGGACUACCUGGACUUUGAGAUUGCCAGCGGCUCCCACGAGCGCGCCAUCAUCCUCUUUGAGCGCUGCGUCAUCGCCUGCGCCCUCUACGAGGAGUUCUGGAUCAAGUACACAAGAUACCUGGAAAGCCACAGCGUGGCCGGAGCCAGGAGCGUCUUCCAGCGAGCUUGCUGUUACCACCUUCCCCGGAAGCCCACCAUUCACCUCUUGUGGGCAGCGUUUGAGGAGAGACAAGGAGAGGUGGAGGAAGCCCGGCGCAUCUUGAAGUCCUUCGAGGACUGCGUCCCCGGCCUGGCCAUGGUGCGCCUGCGGCGGGUGGGCCUGGAGCGCCGGCAGGGGAACAUGGAGAUGGCCGAGACGCUCCUGAUGGAGGCCAUUCGGGACAACGAGGGGAUGCCCGUGUCGUCUUUCUACUCGGUCAAACUGGCCCGGCAGGUGUUGAAGGUGCAGAAGAACCUCAUCAAAGCCCGCAAGAUCCUCCUGGAGGCGUUGGAGAAGGACCCGGAUAACGCCAAGCUCUACGCCAACCUCCUGGAGAUGGAGUUCAGUGCCGACGUCCGGCAGAACGAGGGCAACACCAUGAGCAGCUUUGACCGAGCCCUGACCAGUGGCCUCCCGCUGGAGACGAAGAUCAUCUUCUCCCAGCGCAGGGUGGAGUUUCUCGAGGACUUUGGCUCUAGCAUAAACAGCUUGCUGACCUCCUAUGAUGAGCAUCAGAAGCUCCUGAACCAACAGGUGAUGAGGAAGAGACUCCUGGAGAAUGGCAGUGCCGAGGAGGCCGACGAGAAGAGGAUGAGGAUAGAGGAAGGCGUGGCAGGAGGAGGCGGCAACCUUGCCGUGGCAACCACGGGCAUCACCCCACUGAUGGCGGCAGACGUGAGCAACAGCACCACCGGAGCGUAUAACUACAACACUUGGUACCAGAACUACAGCAGCUACAGCUACCAAAAUGCGUGGAACUACAAUCAGUAUUACCAGCAGACUUGAAGGCGGGUGGCGUGAGACGCAGCCUGUCUUGCUUGACCCGCAAGCGGAAUGAAAUCUGGCAGGGGCCCCCCUUGUUGUUUUUUCUCGGGCAGCUGUGGAGAGGCUAAACCACCCCCACCCCCUUGAAAACUGAUUUCCCUCCCCCCCCCACCCGCUGGGUGUAACAAACUGCCCACUGUCCAUCACCAGCCUUGGUUUAGGAGACUGAAGUGUUGCUGCCCGCGGCUCAGACGUGGAGGGUCUGCCGACACACCGUCCCUGCGGAGCAGAGCCUGGUCACACCGGGGAGGCCGCCCCACUGAAGGGCAAGACCCAACAUGGACCAAGGACUCUUCUCUGCCACGGCCUCCAGUUAAGACGCUUAGGACAAAAAAUUGCUGAGCUACCCCCCCCCCCCGCCGCCUUUUUGUACACUCCCCUGCCCCGUACAUUUCAUGUAUUGCAACUGUAAAUAAAACCGGUCUUCGUAACAA